AUGAGGUUUUCUAAAAUCGUGUCCGCCUCAUUGGUGGCACCGCUGGUGGCCGCUCACGGUGGAAGUAUUCCGGGAGCACCAAAGGUUUUUGGUCUCCCUCGCAACCUGAAUGCGAAGACACCUACAGCUCGUGUCCUCCGUCAUGCUGCUGAGCCCAAGCGUGGUCUUCUGGAGACUCGACAAGGUGGUCAGAAUGGACGCUGUGGACCCGACUUCGGCCGCGCGUCUUGCGCUCCAGGCUACUGCUGCUCUGGUGCAGGCUACUGCGGAACCACCAAAGACCACUGUGCUGCGCCCGACUGCUUGAUUGACUUCGGUCCAGCUUGCGACGCCAACAAGACUCCCGGAGGAGCCAGCACCCGUAACGAUGCUCGUCCACAAAAGGGCAAUGUCCCAUACGGCGGAGAGGGCAUCUACACCUGCCAGAAGGCUGGAACAGUUGCGAUCACUUACGAUGAUGGCCCAUACUCUUACACUUCUCAAGUUCUCGAUCAAUUCGCACAGUACGGAUUCAAGGCUACCUUCUUCGUGACAGGUAACAACCUUGGCAAAGGCGCGAUUGACAGCACUUCACAAUGGUCCAACGUGAUAAAGCGUAUGGUUGCUGAAGGCCAUCAAGUGGCCUCUCACACCUGGUCGCACCAGGAUUUGAGUGUCAUCAGCGAUUCUCAGCGUUACGACCAGAUGGUCAAGAACGAAAUGGCCAUCCGCAACAUCAUCGGAAAGUACCCCACCUACAUGCGCCCCCCUUACUCUUCCUGCAAUGGUGCUUGCCAGACCGUCAUGAAGAACCUCGGCUACGUCAUCUCGUACUUCGACUUGGACACGGAUGACUACAAUCAGCUCUCCAACAUCCAGGUCGCUAAGGACAACUUCAAGCGUAUCCUCGACGAGACUCCCGGUGGACCUCAGUCUGGUGAUCGUCUUGCUAUUGCCCACGACAUCCACGAGGCAACUGCUUUGUCUCUUACUGGAUACAUGCUUCAGUACUUGAAGUCCAAGGGCUACCGUGGCGUGACCAUGGGAGAGUGCAUGGGUGAGCCAGAGGCAAACUGGUACCGCACCUCUGGUGAAAGCGGCGGCUCCACUCCCCCUCCUACCACCAACCCUCCUUCCACUGGUGGCAAUGUCUCUACCGAUGGAAAAUGCGGUGUCCAAGGUGGUGCUACAUGCAAUGGCUCCAGCUUUGGCAACUGCUGCUCGCAGUACGGAUGGUGUGGAAGCACUAACGACCACUGCGGCACUGGCUGCAACGCCUCCUCCGGCACUUGCGGAAGCGGUAGCUCCCCAGCACCCAACCAGCCCGUUGCUGUUUCAAAGGAUGGUACAUGCGGUACUGGCAAGGGAACUUGCACGGGGUCUGCGUUCGGUACCUGCUGCUCACAGUACGGUUGGUGCGGUACCACAUCUGGACACUGUGGCGCGGGCUGCAACAAGGCGUUCGGCAGAUGUGACUAG